ACGGAAAAUAUGACAAGAUGGCGGAGUGUGAAAACAGCAACGAUGUUCGACAGCCACAACAUUCAGAUACAGGGCCUCUUAAAUUAUCUGACUUACUAGAUCGUGGGUGGAAAAUAUAUGAGGAGGUAGACAGCACAAAUGAACCGCUCGGCUCUAACAGUGUCCAGGUCAGAGUUAAACGCGGUAUGAGUUUGUUGGAAGAAGCCUCUAGAAUGGUGGCUCAGCUCGACCUGUUCAGCCGCAAUGAAGAGCUGGAGGAGAUAGCCACGGUGGACCUGAAGUACCUGCUGCUGCCCGCUCUUUUAGGAGCUCUGACCAUGAAGCAGAGCGGCCGAGACAAACGACUAGAGAUUGUCCAGACAGCCAGGGCUUACUUCAUGGACUUCUUGAGGAGAUGUAAAGAGUAUAACAUAUCCCCGUUUGAACUGCCAAAGUCGACAAAUGAAAACAGAAGUCCUAGUGAAGAAUCAGAAAAUGGACGCUAUGCAGCUAAGUCUGCCCCCUGCUCGUCAGACCUGGUUUCCAUGGCAACACAGAGACAAGCCAAGAUUGAGCGGUACCGCCAGAAGAGGGAGCUGGAAGUCAGACUGUCAGAUGUUCGAAAGGCUGUGGACAACGGGCAGGCUGACGAUGCAAUCAGCAGAGAUUUUUACCUUCUGAAUGUCCGGAGAUGGGUCACUCUGUGUCUGGAGGAAAUAGAGAGCAUCGACCAGGAGAUGGAGAUACUCAAGAAUAUGGAUGGUCUGAAGCAGGGUGCUGCCAAACAACCAGCUCGGCCAGCCAGGCCUCCCAUGAAACCCUUCAUCCUCACAAAGGAUGCUGUACAGGCCCGGGUGUUUGGGGCUGGUUACCCCAGCCUUCCCACCAUGACAGUAGAUGACUGGUAUGAACAGCACAGGAAACAAGGAGUCCUGCCUGACCAAGGGACCCCCAGAAGGGUUGCUGUGGAGGAAGACACUGAUGCAAAUGAGAGGGAAGAAGAAGAAAAGGAGAAAAAGGCUGAAAACGAUGAUGAGGAGUCUCUGCUGAAAGUCAGAAACUGGGAUGACUGGAAAGACACUCAUCGCAGAGGUUACGGAAACCGCCAUAACAUGGGCUAACUGAUCCCAACACAGUGUUCAAACAAACAUGGCUCUGCCUUCAUUUCAGUUCUAAUAAUGUGAAGGUCACCAAACCAAAAACAUUGCAGCAUCACUGACAACCCCUUUCCACCAACGCUAACCUAGUGCUAGUUCCAGGCUGGUGCUUGUGCCUUUUCGGACUUGACAACCUCCUAAUAACCAGUUUGCUUUUCCAUGAGCUAGAAAGCCAUGUCAUUACAUGGAGUAACAUUAGCUGACCAACAGCUAACUAGCUAGUCUGCUAGCUCAAUUAUACAUUCAGAAAAUCUGUUACGUUGGUAUCAUUGAUGUGAGAAAUGAGUAGCUUGUUAAAUAGCUGAUAAAUACAUAGCUGACUGGCAACAAAGCGCCCACAGACCCUGACAUAAGUGGUUCUUUGUUCUAAACCAGCAAGUUGUUGGUGUUCCCGGCUGAGAGCCAGUUCAAAACGCAAAGAACUGGUUUGAGAUUAGGCACCAACCGGCCCUCAACCUGCUUUGGUGGAAAAUGGGUAAAACAAACCUGUUGAGUUCAGUGAUUGGUUUCUUGGUUUAAGACACUAUAAUGAUUUACUCAUGUUACAUUUUCUGUUGUCAGUCAAUUACAAGGUUGGACUCAACAAUCCUCGACCAUGUUUUUGGUUAAGUAUCUACAAUUUGGCUGGAUUGAAUAGAGCCCAGCCAUGAUGUCAAUAUUUCUGCUCUGUAUUUCCCUAACACUGUCAUUGGAAAAUAAAGAGACUGGUGGAGCAAGAAAA